UCAUUUUCAGUUUCAUUUUCAUGUCUGUGUCUGUCUCCAUUGCAGAAGGGUCACACUCAGCAAACUUAUAGUCACUCAACUCACCCACUCACUCACCCACGGGCCGCAAAACCAAAGAAAUAAAAUCAUUAAAUUCACAGGACUUUGAUUACGGUGUUUCUGCAAGGAAAGAAAAAAAGAAAGGAACUGAUGGAUUCUGGCUCUGCAAACAAGCCGCAGCAACACAAGAAAAAAAGUUGGUUCCUUCUCUUAACAUUUUCUCUUCUCCUUUCAACCCUACUCAUCAUCAUCUCCAUAACCUCCACUUCUUCCACUUCCUCCCUUUUUUACUACACCCGUACGCGCACCACCAAAACCCAACUUCCACAGUUCGUGGAAUCCAAGCUCCACUUGGUGCCUACAUCUCCAAACCCAGUUCCCAAACUGGCUUAUCUCAUAUCUGGCUCAGCCGGCGAUGGGGAGAGCUUGAAGAGAACGUUGAAAGCUUUAUACCAUCCCAGGAACCAAUAUGCCGUGCAUUUGGAUUUAGAGGCUUCUGCUGAGGAGAGGUUGGAGGUAGCUAAGUUUGUGAAAACUGAGCCGCUUUUUAAGAAAGUUGGGAAUGUAAGGAUGGUUACUAAAGCCAAUCUGGUGACUUAUAGAGGGCCUACCAUGGUUACCAAUACCCUUCAUGCUGCUGCCGUUUUGUUUAAGGAAGGUGGGGACUGGGAUUGGUUCAUCAACUUGAGUGCUUCUGACUACCCUUUGGUUACUCAAGAUGAUCUGCUUCACACAUUAUCUGAUAUCCCAAGAGAUCUUAAUUUUAUCGAGCAUACCAGUGACAUUGGAUGGAAGGAGUAUCAGAGAGCCAAGCCUGUUAUAAUUGAUCCAGGGCUUUAUAGCCGGCAAAAAUCAGAUGUAUUCUGGGUUUCAGAGAAAAGGAGUGUACCAACUGCAUAUAGGCUGUUUACAGGUUCUGCUUGGAUGAUGCUCUCUCGUCCUUUCAUAGAGUAUUGUUUAUGGGGGUGGGACAACCUCCCAAGGAUAGUCCUUAUGUACUAUGCAAACUUUCUUUCUUCCCCUGAAGGGUACUUCCAUACUGUUAUCUGCAACGCCAAAGAAUUUCAGAACACCACUGUAAAUCAUGACCUCCACUUCAUAUCGUGGGACAACCCUCCAAAACAACAUCCACAUUUCCUUACUGUUAAUGACUACCAAAAGAUGGUUGACAGCAAUGCUCCCUUUGCGAGGAAAUUUGGCAAGAAUGAACCAGUUCUUGACAAGAUUGAUUCUGAGCUUUUGGGCUGCAAUGCUGAUGGAUUUGUGCCUGGUGGAUGGUUAAAUAAUGAAGGAAAUUCUAACGGAACUCUCCUGCAUGUCAGAACAAAUACUACAGAGCUUAGGCCAGGUACUGGUGCUGAGAGACUCAAACGUCUCGUCAGUGGUCUGUUAUCAGCAGAAGAUUUUCAUACAAAGCAAUGCAGUUGAGACCGUUAGUUCAAGAAACAACACUCUUCUAGUAACUGGACAGAUGAAUGCUCCUCUGUUAAAUUAAUAACGGAACACUGCUGAUGGGUCAGCCAACAAGGCAUAGGAAACUAAAAGGGGAAGGAAAAUAUUCCCAGUCCAGAUUAGAUGCUAUACCAUUAAUACAAAUUUUUUUUUUUAGCUCGAUUAGUAAUAUGUAGUUCAAUGUAUUAUUUUUUUGGUUUAGAUAAGACUGCGUUGUGCUCUAUCUAUCCUUCUGAUGCAUUAUGCAUCUUGUAUCCUCUGCUUUCAGAGAAUUUUCAAAAGGCAAAAUGAUGAUGCAUUCAAACAUUUGAACAAGGGGCAGAAAGAAUGAGAUGAAGAAUCCUAAUUCCUUAUGUAGAAAGAUUAAACCUAAAAGGGUAAUGGUACUUUUCCAAAUGAAUGCUCUAUUUGCAAGAA